GAAUACAGUAGCUUCUUCAUCAAACUCCCUCUCUCACAUUUCUUUUCUUGGUUGCAAUAACUUGUGAGAGAUUUCUACAGCAAACAAGCAUCUCCCCUAGCUACUCUCCAAAGACACACACCACCUAAACGAAAAAUCUAAAGCAAAACCCAAGUUUAGUUUUAAUUUCUUUUGUCCAUUUUUAGCUUGUGUACUUAUACUUGGCUUUGGUUGGUAAUGUUGGUUCAUCUCCUCCUUUUCUUCACUCAAUCUCAUUACAUUUUUCUUGCACUUUCUAGUCUUUUUUUCCUUCCUCUCUAUACUCAUCUCACUUUACCAAUGGAAUUGCCUGUGAAGACACCGGAUUCCGGUGCCCGGCAAAUUUCAUAUGGGUUAGAAACUAAAAAUUUGUCCUACAAAUUAUGCAGCAAAUGGGAUUUGUUCAAUUGGGUUUGCUUUAGUGGGAUUUCAAAGAGUCCUCCAAAGUUCAUAUUGAAAGAUGUGAGUUGUGAAGCUAGGGCUGGAGAGAUAACUGCAAUUGCCGGUCCAAGUGGAGCAGGAAAGACUACAUUGCUGGAGAUUCUAGCUGGGAAGAUGUGUUCUAGUGAAGUGUCUGGUCAAGUGGUUGUAAACAAUAUGCCUAUGAAUCCAACAGAGUUUCGGAGAUUAUCCGGUUAUGUCACACAAGAUGAUGCAUUGUUUCCAUUACUUACAGUUGAAGAAACAUUGAUGUAUAGUGCUCUGCUUAGACUUCCGGGUUCGCGGAAAGAAGCUGCUUGUAGAGUGAAAAGGCUGAUGAAGGAGCUUGGGUUGGAGCAUGUUGCAGGUUCAAGGAUUGGUGGGGGAUCAAGGAAUGGCAUUUCUGGUGGAGAAAGGCGAAGAGCUUCAAUCGGGGUCGAAUUGGUUCAUGACCCAUCUUGUGUUCUGAUAGAUGAGCCUACUUCAGGUUUGGAUUCAGCAUCAGCACUACAAAUUGUGACACUUCUUAGAAAUAUGGCUAAUCAAGGUAAGACUAUUGUUCUAACUAUUCACCAACCUGGUUUUCGAAUCCUCGAGCUUUUCGACAAGGUUGUUCUGCUUUCAAAUGGAUAUGUCAUGCAUAAUGCACCAUUGUCUCUUCUUGAAGAGAGGCUAAGGAUUUCCGGCCAUCGAAUUCCUCGCCAUGUCAAUGUGCUUGAAUACACCAUCGAUGUGCUUGGAAGCUUGGUCACUCCGGGAACUCCAAGCAUGCAAGCCUUUAGUGAGCAAACUAAUCAAGGGAACAUAGAAGAGGACCAAAGACUGAUUAUAUCAUUCUUCACUGCAAUCAAAGAAAGACCGGUCUGCUUCAAAAAUUCUCGAUUCGAUGAAGUUCUGAUUCUAGGACAAAGAUUUUGUAAGAACAUAUUCAGAACCAAACAACUCUUUGCAACAAGAACAAUACAGUCAUUAGUAGCAGGAUUUCUGCUUGGAACCAUAUUCUUAAACAUUGGUCAGAAACAAGGACAGGUUUCAUUACAGACUCAAACUGGUUUUUUCGCAUUCAGCCUGACCUUCUUGUUAUCUUCAACAACAGAAGGACUUCCAAUUUUCUUAGAAGAAAGAAGAAUUCUAAUGAGAGAGAUCUCAAGAGGAGCUUACAGGGUUUCUUCAUACAUUUUAUCAAACACCCUUGUGUUUAUUCCCUUUCUUUUCAUGGUUAGUCUCCUCUACUCCACACCAGUUUAUUGGCUAGUGGGUUUGAGGCGCGACGCGGAUGGGUUUCUUUAUUUUUCUCUGGUGGUUUGGAUGGUGGUGUUGAUGUCCAACUCAUUUGUAGCUUGUUUCAGUGCUCUGGUGCCAAACUUCAUCAUGGGAACAUCAGUGAUUGCAGGUCUGAUGGGAUCAUUCUUUCUCUUUUCAGGCUAUUUCAUAUCAAAGAACAACAUACCCAGUUACUGGGUUUUCAUGCAUUAUUUGAGCUUGUUUAAGUACCCAUUUGAGUGUUUCUUGAUAAACGAAUAUGGAGGCGAGCCGGGUCGAAGAAGGUGCCUACGGAUUGAGAAUGGAGAGUGCAUUCUCAAUGGAAGUGGGUUCAUGAAACAGCAGGGCUUGAUAGAGUCAGAAAAGUGGAGUAAUUUAGCAGUGAUGUUGGCAUUCAUUAUUGGUUAUAGAGUGAUGUGUUUUCUGAUUCUGUGGUAUAGAUGUUACAGGAGUAGAAACUAGACAGAAUUCAAUAGGAAACACUGUCUUAAUCUUUUAUUACAUAUGCAUCAUUUGUUUUCCAAAGGGAAUAAAGGAGCUAUAAGACAUUUAUUUGAACACACUUUGCCAUUACAGAGACU